UAGGAAUAUUACUAUGUACAGCCAUAAAUACUUUACUCUGUACAUAGUACUCAAGUGAAAUUCAGUUUCACUUAUAUCAGAUCUUGAAUUCUGCAGAAUUAAAUAUAAUCAUUAGAUCUAUAGAGUCCUUAUUUAUGAAGGUUUACUCAGCUUUCGUCCUAUGUGGUUUAUUUCAUGUCUGAAGCACGCCAAUUUACUGUUCGCCCGCUGUCAAAGCAACCGCGAAAUGACUUGAAAGAUGCGUUUCGGGUCUACUUGUCAACCUCGUCACUACUUGCUCUCAAACUUCGGGCUGGAGAUGCCUGUAGUCUGAAGCAGAACGAGGGUGAUGAAAAGACUGCGAUAGCCUGGGCCGCCGUUGAAAAUAUACAGAACACAGUUGUGCAGACUUCAAGGGCCCUCCAGGAUUGUUAUAAAAUAAAACUGGGUGAAAAGGUGUCUAUUAGCAAGGUCGACAGUGAAGUACAAGAGAUUGAUACAAUCUUCCUAUCGGAAUCCACGGAUAAUGAUAAACUCACAAACUAUGGAAAUAUUCCAGAUCCCGAAAAGAUUCAUUGGGAAUGGUGCCUGGGAUACCCCUUUUCCAAAUGUGAGCUUCUCACCGUCGGUUUGGUCUUUGAUAUUGAACUCAAGGGUCAACGUAGAAGCUUUAAAGUUACAGAAAUCCAGAGCCCUGGUCAAAAUUGCAGCCACACGCUAUUUCGAUUCAGCCCGCAAACGAAAAUCAUCAUCGGUGAGAAUCAAAAAGCUCAAUAUAAACAAGCAACCGCCCUUCAUGUCCAUCCCCAUGGGCUCGGGGGUAUGUCCCGUCAAAUCAAACAAAUCAACGAAAGCCUUGGGGACUACAAUUUGGCAUCCCACAGACUUGCAAUGCCACCCUUUUAUGAACACAGCCGGGGGAUGCUACUCUAUGGCCCGAAGGGGACUGGGAAAACUGCACUUCUGCGGCAGAUCGAAGCUGCUAGAUGGGCAAAAACGUUCAACAUCGGAACUUCAACUAUUACCAGAAACAUGCACGAUGGAGAGACUAAGUUACGUAAAGUCUUCCAGGAAGCCCUGGUCUCACAGCCUAGCCUUAUCAUAAUUGAUCAGUUGGAUUUUAUUGCGCCCAAGAGGACAUCAGCAGACUCGUCGUCCCUGGCCUCCGUUUUGUGUGAAUGCCUGGAUAUGCUGAAAGGCUCACUUGUUCUCGUCGUAGGAGCAACACGCCUCCCCAACGACGUUGACGACUCUUUGAGAACGCCCCACCGACUGGCAAUUGAAAUUGAAUUACAUAUACCGACGGCUCUUGACCGUGCGGAGAUUCUACGAGCCAUUCGUGGGGUUUCUUCAUCUGUGCCGAGCGACGACAUGGUGGAAUUUAUAGCAGAAAAGACACAUGGCUAUGUCGGUGCUGACUUAUUUGCAUUGUUGCAACUUAUUUGCCGCAAGGCUCGACAGCGAUGUUCUCUUGAAGUCAAACCGAUACAUGACCAGGCCGAAGAAUCAUCGUCGCUCGACAAUGCCAUUAACUUCAACGAAGACGUGAUUCUUAUAGACAUUCAAACGGACGAUGUCAUAUCUGCGCUGCAGGAAACGCGACCCACUGCCAUGCGAGAGGUUUUCCUAGAAACACCCAAAGUCAAAUGGUCUGAUAUUGGCGGCCAGCAUGACAUUAAGAAACGUCUUCAAAAGGCUGUGCAACGUCCCCUAAAGUUCCCGGAACGAAUGAAGAGACUUAAUGUAAACAGCAAAAAGGGUAUUCUACUGUACGGACCUCCAGGCUGUUCCAAAACAUUGAUAGUGAAAGCACUGGCUACCGAGGCGGGGUUGAAUUUUUUGGCAGUGAAAGGCGCAGAAGUCUUGAGCAUGUAUGUCGGUGAGUCUGAGCGAGCUUUAAGAGAAAUUUUCCGCAAGGCUCGUUCUGCCCGUCCAAGCAUCAUUUUCUUUGACGAAAUCGAUGCAAUUGCAUCAAAGCGUGGAGGUAGCUCUCAGGGAGGUGUCAAUGUGCUGACAACCCUACUCAAUGAAAUGGAUGGCAUUGAGGAGCUGAAGAAUGUCUUGGUUGUUGCAGCUACAAAUAAGCCUGAUGUAAUCGACCCCGCCCUCAUGCGCCCCGGGCGUUUGGAUAACAUCCUUUACAUUGGGCCUCCGGAUUUUGAAGCUCGAAAGGAAAUUUUGACUAUCUGGUCGCGCAACUCCGUGGUACAUCCAGAGGUUGAUCUUGAACGGCUGGCUUUGAAAAUGGAAGGAUACUCUGGUGCGGAGGUAGUGAAUAUUUGUCAGGUCGCAGGUGAUGCGGCGUUGGAUGAAGAAGAGGAGACAGGCCAGGAGCAAGAGGUUAAGUUAGAGCACUUUGAACUAGCAUUGGGGCAGGUGAAGAGGCAGAUAACUAGUGCUAUGGUCCAGGGUUAUGAACACUGGAGAGAUUCCACGACCGAUUAAUGAUAUCUUAGGCAUCCUGCUAUUCAGGCGAGAUGGAUAACUGUCACAGGAAUAUAUGACCAUAUAAAAGCUCUAAUAAUGUCUGGACAUUUUUAGUGGCUUAGUGGUCUAGUGGCCCCCUAGACUUUUUCAAAAUAAC